UAAAUAAAAACAGAAUUAUGGCAUGGUAAAUAAACGCCGAACGAAAAUUGUUUUCAUUUUGUAAUUGUACUUUUUUUAAAUUAAAAAAAUGAAUUUUAUAAGGAGAUUUAAUAUUAAUUGUAUCAGAAAUAUUUCAAGACUUACUUCAGAAGCUCUACUCAAAAAGCACAUAAUUCAGCCUGUAUAUAUUUCAAAACAAAUUGCUUAUAGAAAAAAUUCAAGUUAUGUUUCAUCUGUUUCAACAGAUCCUGAUGCUAAAUUGGCCAGAGAUGAACAAAUUUCUGAUGAAAUUAUUGGAAAAAUCAAUACGCAUAUCAAGGAAAAGACCCAUGGGCGAUUGUUUGCUAUAAUACAUUUACAUGAGAACAGGUACAAAAUAACAAAUGAAGAUAUAAUUGCUGUAGAUGCAUAUUUUCCUGCUAAUAUUGGAGAUAAAAUUUGUUUAGAAAAGAUUUUACUUGUUGGGUGUUCUGAUUUCACUCUUUUGGGGCGACCUCUUUUACAGCAUUUCAAAUUUUUUACAUCUUCUGUUUGUGAACAUCAAACAGGGGUGUUUGUGCUCCGGGGAAACCCCGGAAUUCCGUGGAUUUUGAACUUCGAUACCCGGAAAUUCAGGGGAUCGUCGUUCAAAAGGAAGUAGGAAUAAUAAUGAAUUAUUUAUUUUGAUCUGGAUAAUUUUGUUUGCUUUGAAAGCAGAAAACGCAAGGUCAGUGUGUGUGGUGAAAACUUUUCCUUUCUUUCUCCAAAGGCAGUGAUAAUGCGUGAAAAGGGGGGAAAAACUUCUUUUUUGUUCUUUCCUUAUUUCGAGUUAUGACUCAUUCCCCUGGUUCUCGGACUUUCUCUUCUGGAUUCUUUUCGGCAAGUAGGCGCGGCAGAAAAAAAAGGGAGAGACUUCGUUUGACCAGAUGUGCAAUGUGUGACCUGGGUUCAAAGGUCUUAAUUUUGCAAAAUUAAUGGUUAUUAAUUUUACAAAAAAAGUAAUUUAUUGAACUUUUAUAAUUAGGUCAUUCAAUACUUCAUAAUUGUAAUUUUUCAUUUCUCUCUCUCUCCCCCCCCCCUUCUCGAAACUCCAAAAUGUCGGUAGUAAGUCCGUAAAAGUUUCAGGGGAUUUUUUGGGGUCCCACAAACACCCCUGAUCAAACUAUUAUUAACACAUUUGAAAAUUUGUGCAGUUUUCUGUUUCUUCUCUCUCUGUCUUUUUUUU